AUGGAAACCACAACCUGUAACGGGUCAGGGGACUCCCCGACCAUCUUCUACCUGAUGGGCAUCCCCUCUCUGUCGAAAUCCCUCUUCCUUCCAAUCUUUUUUGUCUUUCUCCUCCUCUACCUGCUCAUCCUGGUGGGCAAUGCCCUGAUCCUGGUGGCUGUGGUGGCAGAGCCCAGCUUCCACAAGCCCAUGUACUUCUUCCUGAUUAACCUCUCCACCCUAGACAUACUUUUCACCACAACCACCAUUCCCAAGAUGCUGUCGCUACUCCUACUUGGGGACUGCUUCCUCAGUUUCCCUGCCUGCUUCCUGCAGAUGUACCUCUUCCACAGCUUCUCCUGCUCAGAAGCCUUCAUCCUGGUGGUCAUGGCCUACGACCGCUAUGUGGCCAUCUGCCGCCCACUGCACUAUACUGUCCUCAUGACCCCACAGACCAACGCUGCAUUGGCAGCCAGUGCCUGGCUCACUGCCCUCCUCCUGCCCAUCCCAGCAGUGGCACAGACCUCCCAGAUGGCAUUUGGUCCUAUGGCCCGGGUCUACCACUGCUUCUGUGACCACUUGGCUGUGGUCCAGGCCUCCUGCUCCGACAUCACACCCCAGACCCUCAUGGGCUUCUGCAUUGCCAUGGUGGUGUCCUUCCUCCCCCUGCUCCUGGUGCUUCUCUCCUAUGCCCACAUCCUGGCCUCGGUCCUUCACAUCAGCUCCCGAGAAGGCCGCUCAAAAGCCUUCUCCACCUGCAGCUCCCACCUGCUGGUGGUGGGCACCUACUACUCAUCCAUUGCCAUAGCCUACGUGGCCUACAGAGCUGAGCUGUCCCUCGACUUCCACAUCAUGGGCAAUGUGGUAUAUGCUAUUCUCACACCGGUUCUCAACCCUCUUAUCUACACACUGAGGAACAAGGAUGUCAAAGCAGCCAUCACCAAAAUCACAUGUCCCAAGGACCCAAGAAUGCUGGGAAACCCUGAUUCAAAGGGCUAA